GGAAGACUGACGGUGACUUCCGGGUUCGAAUCGGAAACCCGAGUGCCGGGGGCUGGGUGGGCGCGGGGCGUGCAGGCUGCUCGCCGGCGCCGCCAUGGACCCCUUCCGGGUGCUGCUGCACUCGGUGUCGGCCGACCUGUCCAGCGGCGAGCUGACCGAGCUCAAGUUCCUGUGCCAGGGGCUAGUGGGCAAGAGGAAGCUGGAGCGCGUGCAGCGCGGCCACGAGCUCUUCGAGGUGCUGCUGGAGCAGAAGGACCUGGAGGCCGAGCACACCGGGCUGCUGCGCGACCUGCUGGCCUCGCUGCGGCGCCACGACCUGCUGCAGCGCCUGGACGACUUCGAGGUGGGGGCGGCGGCGGGGGCCGCGCAGGAGGAGGCAGAUCUGCACGCAGCCUUCAGCAUCAUAUGUGAUAAUGUGGGGAAAGACUGGAGGAGACUGGCUCGUCACCUUGGAGUUUCUGACGCCAAGAUCGAUGGAAUUGAGGAGCGAUACCCCCGCAACCUGGCAGAGCGGGUGCGGGAGUCGCUGAGAGUGUGGAAGAGCAGCGAGCGGGAGAAGGCCACAGUGGCUGGCUUGGUCGAGGCGCUCAGGGCCUGUCGGAUGAACCUGGUGGCCGACCUCGUGGAGGAGGAGCAGCUGGCCCGGCAGCUCCAAAACGGGAGUGACGCUGUGUCCCCAGUGCAGUGGGACUCGGACGCUCACACCUCAGAAGCUCCUUGAUGGGGCUGCCGUUCUCCUUGGGGACCAUGGGAGGGACUUGAUUCUCUGUACCAUGCCCAGCACUGGGCAGUCCCAUCAGGAGCCAGGCAGAGGGCUCCCCCUCAGAGCCACGCUGCAGCUUCACAGUUAAAGCUGCGUUUCCUGAGCCCCUCCUCUGCCAGGCGGGGCCUGGAGUGCGGGUGAGGGAGGGGGCUUCUGCCAUCUUCACUCAGCUUUGGGCACAAAGGCACUCGUUCAGAUUGAGUCCUACCUGUUCUUCAGGUGAGGAAACGGGCUGGAGGGAGGUCAGAACCGGGACAGCGCAUCUGGCUCCGGAGAAGGGCCUUCUAACCAGCGUGUCCCACGGUGACUCCACCGUGGACAAAAGGCACAUUUUGUCCCAUUCUUUGAGGCGACAGGGUAGACCUGGACACCAGCACGAGGUGCUGUCCUGGUCCAGGAGUCAGGACGCCUGGCUGACUCACAGAGCGGCGACAGCAGGGCUGUGAGGGUGACCACAGUGACGCCUGUGGAGUGCUCCUAGGAACUGGUGCACAGCCGAGCUCCUCCACCGUCAGUCCUCGCAAGGAGCCGGUUCCCGGGUCGCAGGUGGCUGUUCUGUGUCAGAAUUACCAUCCAGGCGGUCAUUGGCCUAGCAAGGGGCAAGACCCUGGGCCUCCAGAGCCCUCCACUGAAGCCAGUGCCUUUACCCGGAGCCCUCCAGGCGCCUCUGGAAACCAGUUGACCCAACUGGAGCCUGUUUCCCGAAGAGGUCACGUCACAAAGAACUCCCACUCCCGACGAUGACUUUCUCGUCACGUAUUCUGAGGGGUCAUUCCAGCUGGUGUCAGCAGCUCGUCCUGGGCUCUCCCUAUGGAAAUGGCGGCAGGAUUAUCAUAGCUUGCUCACCCCUAGCCAGAGUAUUGAUCUAAGCCAGAGGUGAUCUGCAGAAGGCAGGUCUGCCACCUGUGGGACCUGCCUGCGCCUGCCAGACAUGGUUAUGGUUCUGGAAUGUUGUCCAGGAGUGGUGCUUUUACCAGGAGUGGGUCGGCCAGGCGUGUGGCGGAGGCCGGGUUGGAAGCUGGAGACCAGCCUCAGCAACUGAGCAAGGCUCGAGGCGGCCUAGGAAGACCCUGUCUGGAACUCAGGGGUAGGGCUGCGGCCUGGUGGUUAAGACCCCGAGUUUGAGGCCCAGUACCAAAAAAGAAGAGUGGCACGGAUCACGUGGCUUUAACCUCACCAGCGGAUUCAUCCGUUUAGCGUGUCUAAUGGUUCAGGUGUGAAGUGUGCCCCCAAGCUCCUACGUGAGACAGUGCAGGGAAGUUCAGAGGUGAAAUACACCUGGUCAGUGAGUUGAUCCCCGAUAGGGGUUGACUGAGUGGUGACUGUGAGCAGGUCGGGUGUGACAGGACAGGUGGGUCCCUCGAGGUGGGCUUCUCUUUGGUCCUUGGUGAGAGGACUUUCUCUCUGCUUCCUGACUGUCCUCUCCUGAGCUGCCUUCCUCCACCACACUCUUCCACCACGAUGUCCUGCCUCACCUCCGCCCAAAGCAGUGGGGUUCGCUGUCUGUGGACUGAGACCUCCUAAACCGUGAGUGCCAAAUAAACUUUUCUUCUUCUAAAAACA